AUGAGUGAGCCUCAAGAGGACAGGGAUUACGAUCGCUCGAUCAAAGACGACGUUAUUUAUGAGAUCCGUGAAACACCAGAAUUCAACGAGACACGAGCCCUGAUAGUCGCCAACCUUAGGCAGCCUUUUGAUAACCAGGAGUUCCAGGACUUACUGAAUGAACAAGCAGCGAAGACCAACUCGACAAUAGAGCGCGCAUGGCUCAAUAACCGCAGAAGCCAUUGCAUCGUCAUAGUAUCGGACGUUGCUGGUGCAGUCUCGAUUCAGAAGAACCUAAACGGCACCAAAUUCCCAAAAGACGAUACAAACCAAGAAGACGGAGUUACUAGACACCCCUUGUACAUUGAAUUUAUUCCCGUCAAGGCUACAGAGCACUGGAUUGACCAGGAAAAUAAAGGACCUAAAGAUGCUGUUUGGAAGGUCUCAUACGUGAGACAGCCUUCCAAACAGCAGGAAGGCCAAGAGUUUCUCGUUGCCACUCAUAAGAUGCUCAACUACCCCAACAAAACUUUUGGAUACAAAUCUUCAACCAGACAUAGAGGCAGGGGAGGUUACAGAGGUAGAGGAAGAGGUGGCUAUAGCGGCUAUAGAGACUACGACUACAGAUACGCUCCAUACAGAAGGGACUAUGACUAUCAUGACUACCCACAUAGAUACACAGAAAGAGAAAGAUCGCUGGAAUGGGCUAAUUAG